UGUAAAUAGCCAUGCUAUAUAGCUAAAUAAGAACGGACCAAUGCAGGUGAGCCAGGACUGAGCGCAGGGGGAGGCGGGACCACACAGCACAUCCAGGAUAUAGGGGUUCGAGGGGUUAAGAAUGCAUCUGGGCCCCAGGACCUGGCGACACAUGAACACAAGGGAUAUGCUAUUUCAUCAAAGGAUUGAACCACGAAAGAACCCCCUGCAUGGUACUCCACAUUCAGCAUUAUAGAGAAAAGGGAUUAAGAAUCUGGUGGUACUUACGGUCUUGGGUAUUUGAAGCAAAAAGACAAUGGGCCCUUGAAAGAAGAAAUCCAACGGGCUUUCCCUUACAGUGAUGCAUGUGUGGGCAGCAACAAUUCCAAGGCUGAAGAAACUAAGAUUAAAAUAAUUUAUAUAGUAUAAUUUGGGGAAUUUAGAUCAAAGUUCACUUUAAAUUCCAAAGGUUAAAUCAGACACUUCAGCUGAUAGGGAGAAACAAGCUGACCUGAAACCUUGAGGGGAAGGAGUCAGAGGAGGAGGAGGAGGAGAAGAAGAAGAAUUACCGGUAACGUGUUGGAAGAGGGAGCAAGGACUCCUAUGUUCAGCAAGAGGAACUGUGGCCCCUGAAAGGCACAGAAUGGCCCCAGUGGAGGAGAAGGAGGAAGAUUCACUGAGGCAAAGGAAGAACCAUCACCCAAAGGAAGCAGCUUGCAAUGGAAAAGCAGGUGGUCUGUCUGAUGGCAAUGGCAUCAAUGGUCUUAUUGAAUGGAAGAGACACAUGGAGGGGGUAAAGGCUGAACUGGUAGAAGAAAUGAGCUGUCACCUAAAGGAUCUCCUUGAUAAAGCUGUGGCAGAGACCAUGCAUUCAUACAAAAGAAAAAUAGCUUCUGCACUGUCCUCAAAAAAAGAUCAUGUUAAUAAUAAAAGGCACCAAGGAUCUAUUUCUGAAAAGCAGAAAGUAUUUAUGCAUCGUGCUUCUCUGUUGGAUGAUCUGAUGGAGGUGGAGCAUUUCCGCACUAUUUAUCACAUGUUUGUGGCUGUACUUUGUGUUUUCGUUAUAAAUACUACUGCUGUGGACAUCAUUGACCAGGGCAGAUUGUUUCUGGAUCUUGACCUUUUGUUCUACACCUUUGGCCAGCUUAGCACUGUUGUGUGGACAUGGCUCUGUCUAUUUAUGUAUACACUUCUGGUUCCUUACAGAGCCUUACAUGUUUUGGGAUCUUUAUACCCAGAAUCAAGCCAUCCGUUGCUGCUCUCUGCUUUUAUAGGAGGGCUGCUGCUUGUCUGCCAAAUAUUUGUUCUUGGUGUACUGCCAAUAUAUGUUGUGACACAGUACAAGCUGCCUCCUGCAUCCAGCUUUAUUGUUAUCCUUGAGCAGGUUCGUUUCCUGAUGAAGAGCUACUCCUUUUUGCGAGAAUGUGUUCCACUGCUCCUGAGAAAGGAGAAAAAAGACAUCCAACUACCAAAGUUUUCCAGUUAUCUUUAUUUCCUCUUCUGCCCAACUCUGAUCUAUAGAGAAAGCUAUCCCAGAACAACGUAUAUCAGAUGGAAUUUUGUGGCAAAGAAUUUUGCUCAGUUCCUUGGAUGUCUGUUUUUUGGGUACUAUGUUUUAUUCACCCUGUGCAUUCCGGUCUUCACCAAUAUGAGCAAACAACCAUUCAGCAAUAAGACGCUGGUGCUGUCUAUCUUCCAUGCUACUCUUCCAGGUACAUUUGUGCUUUUGCUGUCGUUUUUUGCCUUCCUGCAUUGCUGGCUGAACGCCUUUGCAGAGAUGCUUCGUUUUGCAGAUCGCAUGUUCUACGAGGACUGGUGGAAUUCAACAUCAUUUUCAAAUUACUAUCGCACAUGGAAUGUUGUUGUACAUGACUGGCUGUAUUAUUAUGUAUAUCGAGACUUGCUUUCGUUGUGUAACCAGCGGUACCGUGCUGGGAUCAUGCUGACUGUGUUCCUCCUCUCUGCCUCCGUUCACGAAUAUGUCUUUACAUUGUCUCUUCGCUACUUCUACCCUGUCCUGUUCUGCUUAUUUGCCAUAUUUGGAGUCCUCUUUAAUUUCAUGAUGAACGAUAAACGCAAAAGCCCCGUCUGGAACGUGAUGGUUUGGACUUUCCUGUUCAUUGGUCAGGGCAUCCAGCUGUGCCUGUACUCCCAGGAGUGGUAUGCUCAGAUUCACUGCCCUCUCACUGAGAAAACCUUUUGGGGAUUGGUGACUCCUCGAUCCUGGUCCUGUCGCUUAUAGCCAAAGAACCUUGGAUCAGCCUAACACCUACAACGUCUAACAGGACUCUUCUUUGUAAUUAAUAUUUCACAAGAGCCUAAGAAGAUCAAGGAGAAACCUCAAGGGGGUAGCAAUGUUUUCAAUUUGCUCCAAGAUGGAGCUCCUUACCUAUGACCUGGAUGGAUUCUGAAUAAAUAAACCAACAAAGUAUUUACUUACAUUUUCCUGGUAUGGGCCUUGCCUUACCAAACAUGGGGACCAUAGUGCUGAUUAGGUGCUACACUGCAAUAACAUUUCCUAUCAUUUUUUGUUACGUUUAAUUCACAAGAAAUUAGGAAAUGAUAAAUUAUCAUUGGCCCAGGUAUAAGGGAAUAGAUACCAUAUUUAUAUGUACGUCUGAUCUUCUUUAUUUCCCCCUAUAAAAAGCCAAUUGCGCCAAGUGUGCAAUGAUGGCAUGAAACAAAGCUGGCCAAAACCUGCAACUGAAUAAACUGAAUUAUUAUUAUUAAAGCUUAUUAUUAUUAAACCUUGGGGUGUGUUCUCUCAGCCUACACCUGGGCUCCUGUAAUCAACGUGGGUUUCUCCUGUUUUAAUGCCUGAAAACUGCACACAAAGUUCAGAAACCUUUACUGCCAAUUGCUCAACUUUGCACUUUUCCUUGGCUCUUUAAAGGGGUUUCUUUGCCAGUCCCAACAAGAUUCUAGGGAGAAAGGAUAGUCUUAACAAAAAAUGACACUAUUUAGAGAGAUAACAAAAUAUGUCUUAUACUGCACACUAUGUUGUUGAGCUGCUAUAGAAGUCUGGUUUUCAUUGUUCUUGUUGAAAAAUAAAUAUAAUUGGGGCUUUGGGUUUUUUGCUAAAUAAAAGCACGGCACUAGAAAAUAUUGUAUGUAUCUUUGUAAUGAGCACUGGCGGGCGCUUCUCCCCAGGAGUACGUUCCCCAAGAUGGCAGCACGUGGUUUAAUGGUGACUGAGCACUGGCGCGUGCCAACAUGUGACACCAUCAUGACAUACUUCAGGGCCAAAUUGAAAAUAUAAGGACGCUCAGUACCUGGGUUCAAUGCCUGAUUAAAGGUCUUUUUUUGGAAAGCU